AUACACAUAUUCACAAGUGAUUCAAAUCACACAAUUCUUUCAGUGUAUUUACUCUCUCUAACACACACAUACAAACACACACACUCACUGCAGCCUCUCAGGUGAGUAAACAGUGCUUUUUUGUACUUUGGAGUGGUGGAGCUGUGUCUCCAGCGCUGAGUUCAGGCUUUAGCUCUACAGUCAAAAGCAGAAGGACAACUGACUACAACAAGAUGGCCAGAGUUUGUUUACUGGCUUUUAUUGCUGGAUUACUACUGGAGGAGUACGGACUGGCCGCUGUAAUCGCUGAGGAAAACACAGGAGCUGUGUUUGUGUCUAAGAACAAGGCGGACGCGGUGCUGCGUCGGCAACGUAGGUUCAACACCCCUUUUGAAGAAGUGUUUCAACCAGCUAACCUGGAGCGGGAAUGUAAAGAGGAAAUUUGCACAAUGGAGGAGGCCAGGGAGGUGUUUGAGGAUAUUGACAAAACUAUGACUUUCUGGGCAUCCUACAUCGAUGGGGACCAGUGUAAGCCCCCCCCCUGCCAAAAUGGAGCUUCAUGUGAAGAUGGGGUAAACACAUAUGUCUGCUGGUGCAAACCAAAUUUUGACGGCAAGAACUGUGAGAUUGAGUUGACAAAGCAGUGUUUGGUCAACAAUGGUGGGUGCUCCCAUUUCUGUUUCAUGAAGGAGGAUAUACCCGUGUGUAAGUGUGCGGCCGGUUACGCACUGGCGCCAGACAAAAGGAGCUGUGAACCUACAGAACAAUUCAGCUGUGGUCUUGUGGAGUUGUCCUCUAACUCUAACACCAGGUUCCUUGUAAUUCCGCGGUCAUCAAACACAACACACAGCUCUGAGAGAAAAGACAAUUCCAGCGACACCCUGGAGGAUUACCACUAUGAAGAAGAUCUACUGGAGUUUUUUGAUUACAUCCAAGCAAAUGAUUCCGACCCAUCCAACAUCACUUUGGCCUCUGCAGCAAAGAUCAGAUCAGUGAGGUCGGAUUCAAGCUCCUCUGUAAAUCCAGCGGAGAUUGUUAUGAAUAUUGAAGAGCAGAGUAAUGUCUCUGAAGUGGCCUCAGAGAAAGAGCAGCCGCCAUCAUGGGUUUUCUUCCCCACACUCCCCACCAUCAAAAAGAAAGUAAACACUAACGAGAGGAUCGUGGGAGGCAAUGAGGCCAUUCGUGGAGAAAUACCUUGGCAGGUGACCCUGAUGUCUCGCUCGCCCACCCAUCAGAGAGCGCAGCUGUUCUGUGGAGGAUCUCUUCUCACUGAAUUAUGGGUCAUCACCGCUGCCCAUUGUCUGUUGCCAGCAAAGAUCUCUCAACAUGGCUUCUUUGUCAGAAUAGGUGAACAUGAUGUGAACAAGGAUGAGGGUCCGGAGCGAGACCAUGAAGUCGCAGAGCAGCAUAUACACCCCCUGUACAAUGACAAGAAGUCCCUGUUUAACCACGAUAUUGCUCUGCUGAAGCUCGCCAAUCCAGUGGAACUGUCCAACGAACGCCGUCCCAUCUGCUUUGGCCCCAAAGACUUUAUAGAAAAGAUCUUGAGGAGCUCAAGCAGCUCUAUGGUGAGCGGAUGGGGCCAGGUGAAGUUUCGAGGCCCCCAGGCCAGCAUGCUUCAGAAGCUGGAGGUCCCUCACGUGGACCGAACCAUGUGUAAACAGAGCAGCCGGGAGCACGUCACACGCUACAUGUUCUGUGCCGGCUACCAUAGUGAACAGAAGGAUUCAUGCCAGGGGGAUAGUGGGGGUCCGCAUGCCACCAAAUACGAAGGCACUUGGUUCCUGACAGGCAUCGUCAGCUGGGGGGAGGAGUGUGCCGGGGACGGGAAGUAUGGAGUCUACACUCGAGUAUCAAGAUACUACCAGUGGAUCAGUCAGAAAACUGGCCUCAGAGUUGAGAACUGACAAACAUGUGAAGGAAUAACACGGCAGUCAGACAACAGAAAACAUGUGAAGUGAACUACUGAAUCAUGCUGAUAUGGAUUCUUCAAUAAAAGGUCAUUAAAAUA